AUGGACCCGGAUGCAGCAGACGAUGAGUUUUGCAUGACCUCGCUGAUGCAUGCAUCAGAGAACGGUCACGUUGAUGUCGUGCAGUUGCUCCUGGAGGCCGGUGCUGAGAAGGACUUGAGGGACAUGGAUGGCCGUACAGCAUUGAUGGCUGCAGCAUACGACGGUCACGCUCAAGUCGUGCAGCUGCUGCUGGAGGCAGGUGCUCAGAAGGAUUUGAGCGACAAUCUCGGCAACACAGCACUGAUACUUGCUGCAUGCAGCGACCAUGCUCCAGUCGUUCAGUUGCUCCUUGAUGCCCGUGCUCAGACGGAUCUGAUAAACGCCGACGGAAAUACGGCGCUGGUCGAUGCGGCACUGAACGGUCAUGCCCGAGUCGUGCAGCUGUUCCUGGAGGUUGAUGCACAGAACGAUCUGUGCGAUGGGCUAACGCUGGCAGAGCUGUUGGAGGCUACAAAAGUUCCGAGGUUCAGCGGGGAGACAUGCUGA